UAGAGCUGCUGCUCUCACACAACAGUCUCGGGCAGUUCCUAGAGUAGAGGUAGUGGGGGAACGCUGAUCAAGAGUCACUAGUAUAAGGGGAGGCAGUUCGACACCUCUGUCUUAAAAACGUCACGGCUCUUACUUAAUGCAACUCAACCACAACUGACCUUGAAAGUUAGAUCAUUGGGUUACUCGAUAACGCCUUAUCAUCGUUGACAAGACCACGUGCUCUUAAUAUUUACACGAUAAAAAUGGAAAAGAAGGUAGUUGCAAAAAUUGGACCUUCGAUUUUGAAUGCUGAUUUGGCUCAACUUUCAGAAGAAUCUCAACGUUUAAUUAAUAACGGUGCUGAUUAUUUACAUUUAGAUGUUAUGGAUGGACAUUUUGUACCUAACCUUACUUUUGGUCAUCCGUUGGUAAAAUGUCUUCGCAGUAAAAUAAAAGAUGCUUUUUUUGAAACUCAUAUGAUGGUUUCUAAUCCAGAACAGUGGAUAGAACCUAUGGCUGAUGCCGGUGUCGACCAAUACACAUUUCACGUUGAGCCUGUGAAAAACGUUUCAUUACUUUGUAGAAAAGUCAGAGAAGCAGGAAUGAAGGUUGGAGUAGCACUUAAACCUGGAACACCAGUAGAUGUUGUUGUAGAUUAUGUUGAUCUAGCAGACAUGGUGUUAGUCAUGACUGUAGAACCAGGUUUUGGUGGGCAAAAAUUCAUGGAAUCAAUGAUGGAAAAAGUAACAUGGCUAAGAAAAAAAUAUCCUACUUUAGAUAUAGAAGUAGAUGGAGGUGUAGGCCCUGCUACUAUUGAUGCAUGUGCAAAAGCUGGAGCAAAUAUGAUUGUCUCAGGAACAGCAGUCAUAGGUUCUUCUGACCAAGCAAAAGUUAUAAAAAUUUUAAGGGACACAGUAAAUUGUGCAUUACAAAAUAGUUGAAUAUUGACAGAAAAAUAAUUUUGAAAAUAUGUAAAAUAGAUAUCAGAAAUUUUUUAAACUUGUAAUAAAUUUGUACAGUAUAUUUACAAAAAGAACCAAAUAAAUGAACAAAAUUUUCUAAUUUU